UCCCUAACGUUAAGCUGUUACUGCAAGAGAACAAAUCAGAAAAGUUGAUAGCUUCUCGUGGAAGUUAGCAUAGCUUUGUGCAGUUUACUGCAAAAUUUAACAAAUCGUUCGCUGCAAAAUAAAGACUAACGACCAUUUUACAGAUCUCUGACGAGAAGUGACGUUAUUGAAGCUGUCACUUUCACAGCGAUUCCGUAUUCGGAUGCUGUGGCGCUGACAAUUUGGGACAGAUGAAGUCAACUUCCAUCCUGAAUGGAUUUUUUAAUCAUAUUAAAUGGAUAGCCUGCUGCGAAAGAUGUACUACUUUCACUAUUUUAACUUGAUAGGUGCGUGCGGUUGACGUGUGGUUACUCAUUUUUACUUCAAUUGGAUACAUUAUAAAAGUUUAUUUUUUUUUUUUCUCUCCAAGACGCCGUCAUUUUUUUCUUGAAUUUAGCGGCCAGUGCUCGGACAAGGAAAAGAGCAAAAGGACUUGGAGUUUAGCGGGAUAUGCAGGGGAAAUUAAGAGGGGGCUUUUAUUUUUAUGGAUUUUACUCGAGUGUGAAGUUAUGAUCAUGACUGGAUCCAUGGAGAACUCUUUCAAACAAGCUUUGAAGAAACCGCCAGCACUAAGGACAACGGAGGAUCUCCACAUCAUCUAUGGACACCUUUACCACAUGGAUGUUCUGUCUCACCUCCGAGAGCACCAACUCAGGUUGAUGUGCACCUCCGCCAGGUACGAGAGGCAUGAAGCUAACCGUGUCCUCUUCUACCCUGAGAGUAUCUCCACCUGCUGGUACAUCCUACUGACCGGUUCAGUGUUUGUGAAGGAGCACAUGUACCUGGCCCGAUGCUGCUUUGGGAAGCAGCUUGGAGGCAGAAGAGGCUGUGAAUGCAUCACUUUAGAGCCAUCAGAAAUGAUUGUGGUGGAAAAUGGUGGAGAGGGGGACGAUGGCGCCCUGCAGAGAGAAACGUCCAAGAGACGGUCCCGGCGCCACUUCCGCAGGGUCAACUCCCGGGGAGAACGGGAGCUCAUCACGGAUGGCCAGGACCUGGGCUGCCAUACGCUUCCUGCAGACCUCAACAAGAUGCACCUCACAGACCACAUGCACCAGCAGGUGACACAUGUGCCUCCCAGCCAAUCGGGAUGCAGCAUCGCAAGCGACUCUGGGAGCAGCAGCCUAUCAGACAUCUACCAGGCCACAGAGAGUGAGCUGGGGGACGUGGACCUGUCUGGCCUGCCAGAGGCGGCAGUGGACUCUGAGGAAGAGGAGGAGGAGGAUGAAGAUAUUGAGCAGGCGUCUGCUGCCCUCCUAGGGAGAGACCUGGUCAGAGAGUGUCUGGAGAAGGACCCUGCAGAUCGCACCGAUGACGACAUAGAGCAACUGCUGGAGUUCAUGCACCAGCUGCCUGCAUUUGCAAACAUGACCAUGUCUGUGCGAAGUGAGCUGUGCAGCGUCAUGGUGUUUGAGGUGGUGGAACACGCCCACACUCUCAUCCUCCACAACAAACAGGAGCUGGACCUGUGGUAUGUGAUCCUGAACGGGGCGGUGGAGAUCAGCCAUGAGGACGGCAGGGUGGAGACCCUCUGUAUGGGAAACAGUUUUGGUAUCUCUCCCUCCCUGGCAAAACAGUACAUGAGUGGAGCGGUCUGCAGCAAGGGAGACGACUGCCAGUUUGUGUGCAUUGCCCAGGAUGACUACUGGCGGAUCCUCAACCACGUGGAGAAGAACACGCACAAGGAGGAGGAGGAGGGUGAGAUCGUCAUGGUGAAGGAGCACCGUGAGCUGGACCGCAGUGGGACCAGGAAGGGUCACAUCGUCAUCAAGGGCACCCCGGAGAGGCUGAUCAUGCACCUGGUGGAGGAGCCAUCGGUGGUGGACCCCACCUACAUCGAGGACUUCCUGUUGACCUACCGCACCUUCCUGUCCAACCCCAUGGAGGUGGGCAAGAAGCUGCUGGAGUGGUUCAAGGUGGACAGCCUCCGAGACACGGUGACCAGAAUAGUGCUGUUGUGGGUGAACAACCACUUCAACGACUUUGAGGGCGAUCCGGCCAUGACUCGUUUCCUAGAAGACUUCGAGAAGCUUCUGGAAGCGACAAAGAUGAAGGGCCACCUGCGUCUGCUCAACAUUGCGUGCGCGGCCAAGGCCAAGUGGAGGCAGGUGACGCUGCAGAAGCCCUCCAGGGAGUCCCCGCUGCUCUUCAGCCUGCAGGGCGGCAGUGAGAGGGGCUUCGGCAUCUUCGUGGAGGCCGUGGAGGAGGGCAGCAAGGCUGCCGAAGCCGGCCUCAAACGGGGGGACCAGAUCAUGGAGAUUAACGGCCAGAACUUUGAGAACAUCUCCUACACCAAAGCUGUGGACAUCCUGAGGAACAACACACACCUUUCCCUCACUGUCAAGACCAACAUCUUUGUCUUCAAGGAGCUUCUCAGCAGGCUUGUUCAGGAAAAGAAGAAUGGAGGUCCACACAUCCCCAAGAUUCAGGAGAGGAAGGGGAACCGUUUCUCCAUCCCUGAUCUCCCCGGUGACAUGGAGUUCCCCACCGACCACAAGGCUACCAAGAAGAUGAAGGCCAACACCGUGUCUGGGGGCAGGAACAAGAUCAGGAAGAUGCUUGAGAAGACCCGCUUCAGUAUACUGCCCCCCAAGCCCUUCAGUGAGGGGGGAGUGUGCCAGUCCCAGGAUGACAGUGUGGUGGGAACCAAACAGUGUCGUCACAGCGUGGCCAUUAUGCCCAUCCCUGGCAGCCUGUCAUCCAGCAGUCCAGACCUCCUGCAACCUGCCACCAGCGUGCUCGACUUCUCUAACCCUGCUGCACUGGGACUAUACUACACGCCCGACCAGGUGAUUCGUGUGUUCAAGGCGGACCAGCAGAGCUGUUACAUCAUCAUCAGCAAGGACACCACAGCCAAGGACGUGGUCAGCCACGUAGCCAACGAGUUUGGCCUGCUGGCGGCGCCCGAGACGUUCUCGCUGUGCGAGGUCAGCGUCAGCCCAGAGGGCGUCAUCAAACAGAGACGUCUACCCGACCAGUUGUCCAAGCUAGCCGACCGCAUUCAGCUGAACGGCAGGUACUACCUCAAAAACAACAUGGAGACAGAGACGCUGUGCUCAGACGAGGACGCCCAGGAGCUCCUGAGAGAGAGCCAGAUCUCCCUGCUGCAGCUGAGCACCGUGGAGGUGGCCGCCCAGCUCGCCAUGAGGGACUUUGACCUCUUUCGAAACAUCGAGUCCACCGAAUACGUCGACGACCUCUACAAGCUGACCCCGCCCACUGCCAGCGGACGGCUCAAGCAAUUUGAGGAGGUGAUCAACCAGGAGACUUUCUGGGUUGCCUCGGAAAUCCUGAAGGAGAGCAACACUCUGAAGAGGAUGAAGAUUAUCAAACUCUUCAUCAAGAUCGCCCUGCACUGCAGAGAGUGCAAGAACUUCAACUCCAUGUUUGCCAUCAUCAGUGGUUUAAACCUGGCCCCGGUGGCUCGGUUGCGUGUCUCGUGGGAGAAGCUGCCUAGUAAGUACGAGAAGCUGUUUCGGGAUCUGCAGGAUCUAUUUGACCCAUCCAGGAAUAUGGCCAAGUACCGCAACGUCCUGAGCAACCAGAACAUGCAGCCACCAAUCAUACCCCUCUUCCCCGUCGUCAAGAAGGACCUCACCUUCCUCCACGAAGGUAAUGAUUCACAUGUGGAUGGCUUGGUGAACUUUGAGAAGCUGCGGAUGAUCGCCAAGGAGAUCCGCCAUGUUGUCAGAAUGACCUCCGCCAACAUGGACCCUGCCCUUAUGUUCCGUCAGAGGAAGAAGAGGUGGAAGAGUCUAGGGUCUCUGAGUCAGGGAAGCACCAACUCCAACAUGCUUGAUGUCCAGGGUGGCGCACACAAGAAACGUGUUCGCCGCAGCUCCCUGCUCAAUGCCAAGAAGCUGUAUGAAGACGCCCAGAUGGCGCGCAAGGUCAAGCAGUACCUGUGUCACCUGCAGGUCGAGACGGAUGAGGAGAAACACCUCGCCAUGUCGAUGCAGUGUGAGCCCUCCUAUAGUACUUUGUCUAAGAACCUGAGUGAGCGGCGGUCCACCAAGUCGGAAAUGUCUCCAGUGUCACUUCGCUCGACACUGCCAUCAAGCCGGGCCCAGAACCGGGUCUCCCAGGUUCUCCAAAACCCGGUGACACUCAACCCACUCCGCAAGAAGAGCACAGCCAAGGAGUUGGCCGUCACGCUGAAUUCCAGCUCCCCUCAGGUAGUGAAGAAGCCCCCCAUGGGUAACAGCUUAGCCCCGGCAGGGGAGAGGGAGAGAGAGCCUGGAGACUGGACCAGAGGAAGAGCAACUGAAGACAGCAUGUCUGUAGUCUCCUCUCUUCACUCCAGCCCCACCAUCUCGCCUCAGGGUUCCCCGCGCAAGGUGGGCGGCGUGCCCAAGUCCCAGAACUCCCAAAUGAACCUGUCUGGCUCGUCCUCGUCUCUGGCCAGCAACACCAGCACCAAGGGUGGCACUGCCAACCAACGCAGCUAUGGCAUAGGCUAUACUCUACUCCCUGGAGGCCGAACAGAACUGUCAGACUCCAGUCACAGUGAGAUUUCGUCUCGCUCCAGCCUUGUCAGUAACUGCUCUGUCGACUCGAUGCCCAACACCGCUCCAGACGAUCGCUGUCUGAGCAAGACCAGCGAGCAAGCCGAAAUCGCAACCCCAGCCACAAGCCAGCCCAGCUUGAGUUCAUCUCCAUGUACCCGAGGUCCUGUAAUGCGCACCUCCACCUUCACCUCCUCCCCCAGUGCGGAGGAGCUGACUCCAGACCACACCUCCUUGGACUCCGUGGCUGACAGUGGGCGUGGCAGCUGGACCUCAUGCUCCAGCAACUCCCACGACAACUUCCAGAACCUUCCGUCCGGCCAGUCACGGCCCUGGGACCAUUCCCACUUGAUAGGCUUCAGACACACCCAGCUGGCCGGACCAAUCGCGGAGCUUGAGGGGAUUGCAACACCGUCAUGGGCAGUGCCGACGGUGAUGGUUGCCGGGGCGGAUGACCCCACGGCCAAUAGACACUCCAGUGAUAGCUCGGACCAUAACCAAUCACGGCAGAGCUGGGCGUCUUCCAGUUCGCUGUCGGACACGUACGAAGGAAGCUACGGAACAAUUAAACGACGAGCGGCUGAGACCUCUGCUCCUCAGGGAGAGGGGCCUGAAAGGACAGCAAGCACAGAUGCAGCCUAUAAAAUGGUGACAUCGAGCACAGAGAAGGGCUUGAUAGUGUACUGUGUCACCUCCCCGAGCAAGGACGAGCGGUACCGGGCCCCCCCCCCAACCCCUCCGGGUUACCAAGGGCUGACCCUGGGGGAUGUGGGGGUAACCCUUGGAGGAAUGGCGGAUGCCUCCCCCCUGCCCCGGCCCACUCACCUCAGACCCCCAGGCUAUAGCGAGGCACUGCAGAGGAGCAAACUGCUGCAGAGCCCCGGGGGGAUGGGAGGGCUAGGGGACCCUCACAGGAUGGCCCCCCACCACCUGGGCCAAGGGCCCUCCUGGCCUCCCAGUGCCUGCCUGCCCCCGCAAGGCCCAGCUGAUAGUGAGGAGGAUGAACAGGUCUCUGCAGUGUAACUGCGGUCCAGAUAUACCGAAGGGUCUAAAGCCGAAGCAGUAUGGGCCAACAAGCACACUCCUGGUCCCCUCCCCUUCCUGUGAGGUCAUGAUGGUCUAUGAUGCUCUCGCGGGGCUUGUACAAUCAUCUCUUUCUACUCCAUUUUAAACGGCGGUGUUCAGUCUUUCGGAACAGAACUCUUUCUUGCCACUGACCACAGUAUAAUGUCACUUCCUCCCGGCCGUAGGAACUAGUUAGAGAACUGACUAAGGUGGGAUGUGAUACAAAGGGGGAAUGGUAAUAGCAGCAGAACAGAAGAAGAAAGGAGAGGAGGGGAAGAUGGAAGAUAAAACACCCCACCCAUAGGGUCAAAGAUCAACCGAUUUUUUACUUUUUCUAGACCGUCAACAUGUACUGUUUAUUUGCUUUUCAUGUUGUCCAGUGGGGGGGGGGGGGGGUUUAAAUGUUUCAUGUCAAUGUCUGUAUCACAGAUACACUUUCCCCCUGCCAUUGACUGGUAAUACUUUGUUGCCAGGUUUGUUGUGGGGAGGAAAGCAGCAAGAUUGCAAACAAGAUUGACAUGAGCUGGGAAAAGGCUUUAUUUCUUCUUCUCUACUAUCACCAUGUUGAAGUUGGAGAGGCAGUGAGAAUAUCCAUACCUCUCAUUUACAGAGGUGCGUGUGUGCGGUGUUGUAAUUUGUCCAGCUGUAUGAGAUGCUGCUUCUAGUUGCUUUGCUUCAGACAGAUGUGAUUGUGUGUGUCUACUGUUCUCCAUCCUCCUUCCGUCUGUGUCAGCACAAUAAGGGGUACUUAAGCGACACUGUGUCCAUCUACAGUGUGCUGUGUAAUUAUUAGAAGACGUUUUUAACGAGUUAGGAGGAUAAAUACAUCAGUACAUCAGUGUUUUUCGAUUCAAAUCAGUGCAAUAAAUAAAAAAAAACGGCAUUGUGGUUAAAAGACAAGUCACCCACCUAGCCAAUCAGAUAUCAGUAUUCACACACACAUACACUUGCAAAAUGUUGUUUCUGUAUUUCUAUGUUUUUGUUAGACUACAACUCAUCUAUUCGGUCAUCUAUUCAGCUUGUAAGCUGAACUUAAAAAAUUGUGUUUUUCAGGUGACUUUUUGUUGUUGCAGUAAAGACAUACUGAAAGAGUGUAGUCCACCUGGUGUAUUUGUGUGGUUUUUAAUGGACCACCUCCAUCUUGGCUGCAAUCUGUCUUAAUUAUUCUCUCAUUCAAGAGAAGAAAACAAACUAUCCAUAACAAGUAUCAAAACUGUGGCUUGCAUCUUAUUCCUGUUCAUCUGGGGGGGGGGGGGAGGGAAAUCAAUACUCUUUUUGCAAUUUUUGCAAAUUUUUAUAAAGAAUUAUGCUUUCAAGGUUUUUUUCUCCCCAUUUGACUCUAUUAACUUUAACUCAGUAAAGGGUUUGGUUGCGUAAGUUUUUUUUUUUUUCUUUUUUUCGGGGAUAUAACUGGACUGUGUUUACAUUUAGCUUCAGCUGCCUGUACCAUGUGACAACAACGCGUUUAUGCUUUAUGAAUACUUGAAAAUAUUAAUGGUAAUAUAUAUAUAUAUAUAUACAGUGCGUCUAUAUGAAUUUAUACAUAUAUAUUUUUGGUUUGUCAUAAAUUCAUGUAUACUGCUCAUGUAAAGAAUGAGAAAGAGUCCUAUAUAAAGACAAUUUUAUAAAUAUUUUGUGAUAAUAAAAUAAAAAGAUGGUGAUCGCCCCUUCUCAUGUUGAUGGGCAGGAAUCUUUAAGGAUUGUUGUUGUUUUUUUUGUUGUUGUUUUUUUUGCUUUGAUGCCAUCUCAGUGAUGGUGUUCCAGAAUACUGAAGAUUACUGAUAAUCCCGCUAACCAACUCUAUCGUAUUUUUUAUGAACAUCAAAUGUUUUGUCUGGUUGGCAAAAUAAUCGGGACAGUACAUAACUGCAAACUUAUAAAUAAGUUUCACUUCAAUGAUAUACCAAAGAGAAUUACGGCUCUACAAUGUAUUUUACUGUUGGAAUAGGCUAGCAACAGUUGUAUUUCUGGAUGGAACACCCCUGCGUGUGUGUUACAACGUGUCCUCGCUGGAUGCUGAGCAAGCAUCAGCGACAAAAUCAGUUUAUGUGCUUUGUUUUCUAUUGGAAUGUCCUAACUGGACUCUGCUGUUUCUGUUUACUUCCUGUUGCUCGCGUUGAAAGCUAUGUUGGACACGGUUUCUUAGGGACAUGGUUAGUUUACAUGACUUAACAGAAGUAAAUACGACGGAUACGGCGUGGACAGACAGCGUCGGAUGUGACGCGAUAGUCGGACGCUUACUUGCUGUUAGGACACUGUGUUACUGUAUACAUAAAUCCUAUUCUUCUCUGCUGGUCCUGUUAUGUUUGUGUUAUAGAGUCUGUAUCUCUCUCCGGUCUCAGCCUUCCUGCCUCUGUCCUUGUGCUUCAGCCUCCCUGCCUCUGUCACGCAGCCUCCCUGCCUCAAUCCCUCUGCCUCAGUCUCCAUCCCUCAACCACCCUCUUGGUCACGUCUUCACUCCCUCACACUGGCCAGUAGGGGCAUCAUCAGGAAUUGUGUCCCAUGUAAUAGCUGACUGAAUAUUCUCCUGAAUAUUUCCCUCAGCCUACAAAGGGCUACAAAAGAGGGGAAGAUUGAUUUAGUUAGUAUUUUCCAUGGCAGCCCUGAGAGAUAGAUAUCUCCAUAUUGAAGGAAGUGUAUUGACCAAUGCCCUGUACAGAACUUCCAUCCAAUCUACCCUUGCUUUGCUCAGUCAACCACAUUACUGAGUCAUUUGAUAGAGAAGUGUUAAAUGUUUUUAACAAACAAAAUCUUUUUGUUGAAAUAUCCUUUUUUAUUCUCCCUGUCUACACAUACAGUAUGAUGUACUUUUAGUUUUAAUUUCUUUACUCCCUCCUUCCUCACCUCACUCACCUUGUUCCUGCACCCUAACUUCCUGUUAUCUGGAAGGCAGGAAGUGAGAUGUGUCUUUUUUUCUGUAGCAUCACGCCAAUGCAGGGGUUAAACAGACGGGCACCACACUAUGUUCAGACCGAAGCAUAUUUACUGCACUCAUCUCAUUUGAAUGACAAAAGUAUUAUUUAGGUUCUGUGGUUUAUCUGUGGAGCUUUGUCUCCAUUGCUUCUCCCGUUGUGCUUAAUUUAUGUCUUUUAGAAAGACUGUCAUUUGCUUGUAUGCUCGUUUUUUUGUUUUUACCAGUGGUUGUAAAUACUUGUUAUAUUUUUGUUUAAGAGAAUGUAAAAACUAAUAAAAUGUGCACUGCAAUGAAUUUGGAUGAUAAUAAAAUGUUAAAAGUU